UGCCCUUACUUUUCACACACCAAACUUCUCCAUUCUCCGGGCAUCAUAACGUCACGAUCUCCAGCGCUCCCUCGUAUCUCCGCACACAUCUCCUUCUCCGGCGCUCCCGAUCGAACAAGGGCAACAUAGCCGCCAGCACCACUCGUAUCGGGCAGCCUUUUCAUCGCCGCCAUCUACGACUACAGACACCUUUCUGAUUAAGUGAUUUAAAAUCGCCAUUUUGAUCGACACAAAGCUUCUGUAAUUCACCCUUCAAUCUUCCCCAAUGAGCGCUGGAGGAGCGUUUGGAGGGAACAGAGGAGCACGACCAGUACCACCAGAGAAAGGAGUUUUUCCAUUGGACCAUAUGCACUUAUGUGACCUGGAGAAGAAAGAAUAUAUAAGUUGUCUCAAAACAUCAGGGCAUAAAUCCGAGAUAUGUAGACACCUUUCAAAGAAAUACUUGGAAUGCCGAAUGGAAAAGAAUUUGAUGGCAAGGCAAGACAUGUCGGAACUUGGUUUUGGGAAGGAAGACAUCUCAGAAGUGACUAAAGAGAAAAACGAAGAUGGGAGGAUAAAAAGCUGAAUUUCCCAAUGCUACAAAGAAAUUAGGUCGACUCAAAAGCGCAAAUAUCUUGUCUAUGAUUCAUAAGUGAUCCUAUAUUAACUAAAUUUUGAUUGGUAAUAAUGGUGGGAAGCUUCUAUGAGUAUCCAAUUUUGAAUAUUCUUGCUCGAGUUUUCACUCAAGUUCUCUGGAUGAUUUGUAUACUUUUUUCAAUGAGGGUUAAAUGUAUGAGAUAGCAAGGUACUUUUA